AUGAAGAGACCUUUUUACUGGUCAUCAUGUUGUCAAUGUUGUGUUGUUGGAUUAUUACUUGGCGGCAUCGUUUUAGCUAUUAUUCUUACUCUAUGGUUAAAGUCAGAAUCGGAAAAUUCGGCAACAAUAUCUACAGUGGCUACACUAAUUGUGACGACUAAAACAACGACCACAACAACAUCUUUAACUACGACAACGACUACAAGUACGACAGCAACCUCAACAACAACAUCAACAAGUUCAAGUACAGCAACAUCAACAAGUUCAAGUACAACAACAUCAACAGGUAGUACUUCGACAACUACUAGUACAACGACAACAACCACUUCAGUUUCAACGACAACAGUCACAACAACAUCUUUUAUUUCCAGUUCUACGACAAGUUCAACUACUACUGGCAAUUGUAAUAAUUUGCAUUGGAACCAAACAGGUGUGAUUGUUGCUAAUCAAUUUAAUAAUCCAAGUUCUUUGUACUUUGACGGCAAUGAUAAUCUAUACGUUUCUGAUAAACUUAAGGAUCAUGUUGAACAAUGGAGUCCAAACGCAUCAGCUGGUGUGACUGUAGCUGGCAGUACUAGUGGUGCUGCUGGUUCAAGUUCGACAUUGCUCAACAAUCCCGAGGAUCUUACUUUUGACAAAAAUGGAUUUAUGUAUGUAGCUGAUAACAAUAAUAAUCGUGUGCAACGUUUUCUUCCAAACUCUACCAUUGGUACUACUGUUGCUGGAACUACAUCUCAAUCAUCAAGUGCACUAACUGAUUUGAAUGAUGCAGUGGCGAUUGAUGUUGAUGAAAAUUCCAAUGUCUACGUCCUUGAUAGAGGAAACAAGAGAAUAGUAAAAUGGGGUUCAAACGCAACAACUGGAAUUAGUGUAAUUAGUAAUAGUUUGUUAUCGAGCGCAUAUGACUUCUUAUUGUCUCCGACUUCAUCAAAUCAAACAUAUAUAAGUAAUGAAAGCAGCGGUGUUAUAUAUUUAUGGACAUUUGGUGUAAACACUCCAACAUUAACUCUAGACAAAGUAAAUGAUUCUAUAUCUACACUUUCAAGACCGAGAGGUAUGGCUUUCGACUCAUAUGGAAAUUUAUAUGUUGCUGAUAGGAGUGAUAAUCGGGUUGUCAUGUAUUGUGUCAAUUCAACAGACGGUAUUGUGAUUGCCGAUAGUAGCAGUACAACGUCUUUGAUUGGAAGUCCAAUUGCCGUUGCAUUUGACUCAAAUCUUAAUUUAUAUGUGCUCGAUAGCAAUAAUAAAAGAGUAGUUAAAUUUGCAAGACUAUGA